AUGCUCGCGACCUCGCCGCACUGCGCCGCGCCUGGCCUGGCGGGCCUGCCAUUACCCCAGUUGAAGCGCAAACGCUCAGAUUCUAGUGAUCCCAUCUCCGCUCGAGAUGCCCCGGUCGCAACCAAGCUGCGCGCGGACGACACACCCUCUAAUUCCAUCGGCAUCAAGUCAAGCUUCUCCCCAGCCGUCAAUACGACAACUACCGUGUCGCACGAACCUGGGGGCGACGGUCGCGCCGAGCCGAUCUCGGAGUCGUCGCAUAUGUCGCAACUUGGCCAAAGCGCGAUCGCAUCGGAAUCACCAAUCACGAAUCAGAACAACACCCGCAAGAUCGACGUGGAUACGCUGCGCGAGACACUGGAAGCACAACUGAGCCUAGAGGUGUUGCUUAAACACAACGAGUUGCGGCUGAUCGAUCAGGAGAUCGCCAAAUGCCAGGUCGCGCUGGAACAGCUCCGUCGGUGCGCCGAGAUCCCAUAUCCUGGAUCGUGCGUGGCGGGCUAUUCGCCAUCGGUCAGCAACGGUACGGGUGCGGCGGUAUGGGCUCCUGAAAAUGGACCUGCGCCGCAAUCUCCUGCACCCUGGGGUGUUAUGGAGGGACCGUAUUCGCGUCACUACUCCCGAUGGCUACUCCCCGACCCUCGGUUCGACGGUGGGGACCUGGAGCCUGGAACUCCUCUGGCCGGGCUCCCUCUGCUGGAAGGUCGGACGACACGCGGAAGUUCAGGAGAUCUGGGUUAUUUGGCUGGCAAGACGCGACCGCAGCGCGGCUCGGGUGGUGUGAAGCUCCAGUCUCUGCCCAACGGCUACCCACCGCCGAAGGAGAAGGCUGGGCCCAUGCUUAUUCGCCGAAAGUCGGAUAACGUUCUGGUGAAGCUCGUUUGCCUGGACUGCAGACGGGACAACUUCUCCAGCACGCAGGGCUUCAUCAACCACUGCCGAAUAGCGCACAACCGGAACUUCGCCAGUCACGAUGCCGCGGCGGUGGCGUCCGGCGAACCCGUCGAAGUCGACGAGGCGGGCGCCGUUGUUGGUGGCAAAAAUGAGAUCUCCUAUGCAGCCACAGCCGGGUACGUUCACCCGCUGAUUCGAUCUGCACAUGGGAUUGAACCAUCCAAAACGCCGUCUUCUACCUCGGAGGCCGCGGGUGACCAGGCCACUCCCCGGAAGCGAUCUGGCCCGAGCCGACGGGCAUCGUCCGGGGUGGAAACUCCUCGUACACUUGCCCGUCCUCCGGCGGGCGCCGCCCCUGGUGCCUGGAGUGACUCGUUCAUGGGUUCCCCUGCCACCCCUCACCUCUCAUCCCUCAUGCAGUCCCGGGGCGUGGGCCUUGACCUUGACCGGUUGGUCGGAGAGGCGAAGACCGUGGUGGACCUUGGCGAAUACUCGUCAGACGAGGGCGAGUCGGAUGCCGAGUCUGUCCCACCCCCGGUGGCGAUGAGUCACGAGCAGACGGCGGCGGCCGUCCGUGCGGGCAGGCAACCGAUGCGGACAACAGCCUCGCAGACCGCGCCGCAACACCCUAGCAGCCACAAGGGGCCCGAGAAGACCAUCCAUAAACCCCCUCCCUUGGAGACCCUGACGCCGACCAAGCCGGCUCCCUAUCCCUCCGCCUAUGGCCCCGUUCCUUGUGCUUCCCGAUCGACGCAGCUGGACGAGCUGCGGGAGGAACGUGCGUCCAACCUGAGUCCGAACACGAUCGAGUCGAAUCAGGCGCCGAGUCUGGUCAGCGAUGACGACGACUAUGAAGCGGCCUCGGAUUCGGAGAGUCCUGGGCCUAGCUCGUCCGAAGCCGGCGAUCCGGAGGACUUUGGUCACAUUGAUGUAGAAGACGACGAUGAGCACAGCACGACGUCGACGGCAGCGCCCGAGGCCAAGUCGGACAUGGGGAUGGCGAGCGCGGCUCCGCAGCCGCCUCUGGCGCAGUCAUUCCGGCGCAGCAUAUAUCGACCCAAACAAACUUCAUUGCAGAUGCCCUUCCCACCCACCACCAUGGACCUCAAUCCGGCAACCAUCUCCCCGUCCACCUUCCAGCACCUGCUUGCCCUCUACCCGGUCACGGUGGACGCCCGAGCCCGCGACAAAACCACCGAAAAGUUUCUGUCCCGCAAAUCAUCCUCCAAGGCUAAAAAGACCAAGACAAAACCAGCAGCAGCAGAGACCAAUGUCUCGGGACUCCUCACCCCCGACCAACAGUCCCAAAUCGACACCGAAGUAGCCGAGUUCUUAUCCCUGGAUCGAUUCCGCUAUGAGGAUUUACCUGGGUUAGUGGCUGCCCGAGCUAAAGAUCCAUCCUCCGAUGAACCUGGAAAUGGGUAUAUCGAGAAAGAUGAGUUGGUGAGGUUGGUCGAGUGGAAGAUGAAACACGGUAUCUUCCGACCCGCCUUACUGGGUUUAAUCCGCUCGAACCCCGAGACUCUGGUCCGAAAGGUGACAGGGGAGGCGUUUGCGGCGCUUACUACCACUGCUACCAAGGAAGAAGGGGAAGUAUUCCCAGCCAAAGCAUUAGAUCUACUAGUCAAGCCGUUACGGGGCGUGGGGGUUGCUACGGCGUCGUUGAUUUUGUCUCUGGCGGCACCGGCUGGCGGCGGUGGCGGGGUGCCGUUUUACAGUGAUGAUGUGUAUUUGUGGGUGUGUCUGGGGGAGUCUGCGCCUCAGGUGGGUGGGGUGGCGGAGGAGAGGGUCCAUCGGGGUAUUUAUAAACGGGUGAAUGGGGAGUUGAAUGUCAGGUAUGAUGCGAAGGAGUAUCGGGCGUUGUGGGAGGGAGUCCAGGGGUUACGGAAGGGGUUGGGGGGGUCUUGUAGUGGGUUGGAGGUGGAAAAGGUGGCGUUGGUGGUGAGGUAUCGUGGGUUGGAGGGGGUGGAGGGUGAUGAGAAAGCUCCCCUUGAGGUGAAGAAGGAGGAGGAGGAGGAGAAGGGGGAGAAGGGGGAGAUCAAGAGGGGGGCGAAGAGAGCGUUGGAACUGUCAGGGGAAGAGGGCACUGGCCGACGAAGGAGCAAGAGAUUAAGCCGGGGAUGA